AUGGGCUACGAGGCCGCCGUGAGGAGCACGCACGGCUACCACGUGAACUGCUACAGCUACUACGUGCCGCACAUCUUCACGCGCGCCGUCGUCACCGCCGGCGCCUGCGCGUCCGUGCUGGCCAUGUCGCUGGCCCCCGGGGACUGGCUGGCCAACUUCGCGGCGGAACUCCGCCGGGUCGACGACCUCCUGGACCUCGACCGGUCGGCGGCCAAUCGCGCGACCGCACUGUACGCUUCCGCCUCGUUCGCGCUCCUGCUGCUUCCUUACCUCGCAAGCGUAGUGUGGGACGUGUUAUCUGACAGCGAAUUCAACGCCAUGACAGUAGCCGUCAUCAUAGUGAUCAUCGUGGCGUAUGAACAGUUUUUCAUCCUCGGUCUGGUCAUCAGGUACCGACUGCGUAUGCUCACCAAAGCUGUCGAGCUCUCGUUCCGCAGUGAACUGGAGACCUUCAGCGUGCUGGAUAGAACGAAGGUCAGUGGCCGACGACACUUCUCAGUUUCAAGGCCGAAUUCUCUUAAGCAAACUACGUCGUCUCCGUCUUGUGAACACCUGUUAAUGAUAAAAAUAGCCCACAUGAAACUGAGAAAAUUGGCGAGCUCUUUGAAUGACAAGUACGCUGUGCCCAUAACGGCAAUGACAGUGCAGGCGUUCGUAAUGACUGUGCAGGUCAUUUUCAGCAUUCUGGUGAUCCUCCUGGAUGAGGAUAAAGACAAUGACAAGGAAAUGUUUGCAGGUGUAUCAUACUUGGUAAUGAACAUAAUUAGCAUGUACAGUCUCACAUGCUGCUGUGAGUCUAUUGCUUCACAAGCGAGAAGAACGGUAGAGCUGACUGAACAUUUGAUUCUGGCGAACGAAACAGUGCGAGGCAGUGAGGCGGUUACCCACGAGCUGGCCAGGCUUUCCAGCCAGGUGCGCCACAGCCCCAUCUCGUUCAGCGCCUGGUCGCUGUUCAGCAUUCACGCCACGCUGCUGACCACCUUCACCUCCUACGUGGCCACCUACACCAUCAUCCUGCUGCAGUUCGCUGUGGCCAACACGGGCUGCCCCACGGCCGGUCUCGUCACGUCUGCCAUUAAUGAGACUACAUCACCUAUGCCGUCAAACGUUCUACUGCAUGGCCCCCGCUCUGGCGAGGAAAGUGGGCCGUGCCGCCUACAAGCCGCCGACGACGAAGCCCUGGCCAGCUUCCAAGCCGCCUUUGCGGCCGAGAGGGCCGCAAUGAAGGACGAACUCGCGGCUGCCCAUCACCAACUCCCGCAGCUGCGCGAGGAGCUGCGAGUGUUGAAGAAGAAGACGCCUGUCCUCGGCCCCGCCACCCCUACUUUGUGGCGGAGGCAGCGACCAGCCAAGCGACCAGGCUGUUCCCGGGCCAUCAGGAUACUCGACGAAGGACUCUGCAAGUACAUCCACCCCCCUCACAAGAAGCUUGAAGUCAAGAGUCGCACAGCAAGAGAUGCCCAAGAAGAGAGAAGCAAAUAUUUAAAGGAGAGGCUUCAGAUGGAGCAGGAAAGACAGAAAAAGAGACCAGAGGAAAAAAGAGAGGCUGGAGUUGGAAGGGGCAAGCCUGGAAGUGAAACGUUCUUUGCUGAAGGCAACGCUGGAGCAGAAUAUGCUCCUCAGGAAAUUAAAAGCAGUAUGUUAAGUGGUGAUGGACAGGGAGUAAAGACUGGGGAUAGGCAUGAGGAAAGUAAUGUACUCAGGGAAGAAAUGGAAGAAUUUCACUUGGUAGAUGUGUGUAAAGUAGUAAUUAAAAAUGAAAUUAUAGAUGGCAGUGGAUUUAGUACAGGAUUAGACUUGCCUGUAUAUGACAAACUUCAAGGAAGCCAAAUUGUGAAUGAAAUGACAAGGGCUUCACUCACUGCUCCUCGUAGUUUAGAUAUAGAAAAGAACAGCUCCAAAGUGGUGGAACAAGUCAAUGUUGAAAAAGAAUGGAAUGACGAGAGAAGAAGAGUGCAGGAAGUGCCAUAA